AUGUUAAUUAGCGGAGAAAAGGUUGAAAAUGUGUACAAUGGAGAAGAUCUUAAAGUUAAAGUUACCCGUACUGAAAUGGAAACUCUCUGUUCCGAUCUGUUCGAUAGAGUUAGACAACCAUUUUUCGAUAUUAUGGUUGAUUUCCCAAAGGAGUCGUUACAAGAAGUUAUUUUGAUGGGUGGAGGUACACGAAUUCCAAAAAUUCAAUCUGUUUUAAUCGAGCAUAGUCAAAAGUCAGAAUUACACAGAGGUGUUAAUAGUGAUGAUGCUGCUGCAUUGGGUGCUGUGUAUCAAGCUGCAUUUCAUACUCCUGGAUUUCGUGUUACUCGUUUCAUUUUAAAGGAUUAUAAUUUUUAUCCAAUUGCUGUUGAUUUUAUGCGUGCUCCACCAUUACCAGGUGAUAAGCCAGACAGCGAUUCAAAAGCUGAUGACCAACAAAAUGGAUCUUAUGUUCGACAAGUUCUCUUUCCUCGUGGAGCUAUUUUCCCACAAAAACGUGCAAUUAAAUUUAAUCGACACAUUACUGAUAUGAAUUUCUAUGUGAAUUAUGUCGAUUCUGAUGGUGGUGCUAUAGGUUUUCAAGGAUCAAAUCUUAGUCAUAUUAUUACAAAAAAUGUAUCCAAAGCAUCCAAACAUUAUUCAUUUGCUGAGCCUCGUGGUGUCAAAGCACAUUUCAUCAUGGAUCAUAAUGGAAUUCUUGUUCUUAGUGGUGUUAGUUGUAUAUUUCAACCUAUUGAAACAAAUGGAGUAGUAUCGGAUGAUUCAAAAAAAGUGAAAUCUACUUUUGAAAAAAUUGGUAGCACUUUAAGUGGACUAUUCGGUGGAGGUGAUAGUAAAAAUGAUGAUAAAACUUUGCCUAAACAAGAUUCUGCUGUCAAUGCAACAGAUAAUAAUAAUGGUGCUAAUUUGACUAAUGUCAAUACAGGGGAUAGUAGUAAAAACUCUACUAUUUCAGAUAAUCAAACUAUCCCCAUUAAUGACAACAUCGUUUCUGGGAAAGAUCAAUUAAAUGUAGAUGUAAAGUCUACAGAACCAUUUUUUGAACCAAUCGAAUAUGAAAUUGCUUAUUUAGAUUUUCCUGAUUUGACGUCUGAAGGAAUGACUGCGUCACAAUCCAAAUUAGAGAAAUUACGUGAAGCUGAUCAAGCGAAAGCUGCUUUAGAACAAUCGAUUAAUCUAUUUGAAACUUUAUUAAUUAAUACUCAAGAUAAAAUUACAAUGGAUUAUCAAAAAUAUGGUAAUGAAAAUGAAUUGAAACAAUUAAACAUUGUAUUACAAUCUGCUUCGGAUUGGUUCGAUGAACAAGGUCAUGAUGGUUUAAAAAAUGAUUAUGAUAUUAGAAUUCAAGAAAUCCAGUCGAUAAUCAAUCCUAUUGAAAAACGUUUUACUGAAGUUAAACAACGUGCUAAAGCUUUUGUGUCAUUUGAUAAAACCAUUGCAUUAGCUCAGAAAACAUUAAAUGAAAUGAUUGAAUUAUCCAAGUUAUUUUCACGAACAUUAGAAAGUAUGCCAUUUGAACAAGCGCAACACCAACAGCAACAACAAGAACAAAAUCAGACUAUAUCAAGUGACAAUUCAGCAUCCUCAUCGCCACCACCACCAUGGAAAAAUAUUUUUAGUGAAGUUGAAAUUGAUACAUUAAAAAGUAAAAUAGGCGAAUCGAAGGUACUAAUUACUAUACUAACUACUAUAGACUUAAUGUGUGAUGUUUCAGUUGCAAUGUAG